CUGAAGUGGCUUUGCACUUCCGGUUAGCUUGGCGAAGAUAGCGGAAGAGCGGUCGGUCGCAGAAAUCCUGAUGUGUUAGCGUAAAAGUGUUGCUUUACUGCUCAGGACCGUGCUAUUGUGGAGCUGUCAAGGACUCUGUUUAGGAGACGAAAAUGAUCCGAUUCAUCCUCAUCCAGAACCGAGCAGGGAAGACCCGGCUGGCCAAAUGGUACAUGCAGUUCGAUGACGACGAGAAACAGAAGCUGAUCGAGGAAGUGCAUGCUGUGGUCACUGUCAGGGACGCUAAGCACACCAACUUCGUCGAGUUCAGGAACUUCAAGAUCAUUUACCGGCGCUACGCUGGCCUCUACUUCUGCAUCUGCGUGGACGUGACCGACAACAACCUGGCAUACCUCGAAGCCAUCCACAACUUUGUCGAGGUGCUGAAUGAAUAUUUUCACAACGUGUGUGAACUGGACCUCGUGUUCAACUUUUACAAGGUGUACACCGUGGUGGACGAGAUGUUCCUGGCGGGGGAGAUCAGGGAGACCAGUCAGACCAAGGUCCUCAAGCAGCUCCUCAUGCUUCAGUCUUUAGAGUAAAAAGUUUGUCCCUCUGGCCCAGUUAUCUGCAGCCCUGCCAUCCGACCCCAGCUUCUCCUUGUUUCUAUUACUCUGAAUGGCAACCACGUCACUCUCCUGCUGCCACCCCCAUCUCUUAACCGACCGCAAGCAGAGGGUGCUGAGAAAGCGUACCUGAUACUGUUUACAUAUUGGUAUUUGAGCUAAACUAAACUGUUUGCCGUUGAAGUACAUAUAUUGCAAUAUCUCGGGAUCUGUGGAACAGCUGUUGUUGUUGUUUGUGAGCCAGCGGAAGGCACUUCCACUUGUUAAUAUUUCAAAUCCUCAUUAAGUUGGAGUCAUCUUUGUGUUCUGUUUGCUUCUUUCUGGCAGCAGGUGCAGAAACCAGUUAUUCUGUGUCGUAACCAGUAAACCAACACAUUUCUAUCGGCGCACUGUAGAAAGCGUUGCGAACCUCUGCCCUCUUCUGUCGCUCGUUCCCCUAAACCUUUACCUAAUGGCACUACUUUAACUAACAAGCACCAUAAAUGUGGACCACAGAUGACGAGCCGUGCGUAAUUAAAGCUAAAGUCGGAGAGGAAUGGCCUUGGGAGUGUUACAGUAUUCGUCAAGGCUCAUUUGCAUUUUAUAUCCCAACUCUCAGUUCGAGCCGACUACAAGUAGAAAGCCCUUUUAAAGCGAUUAACCCAGCGCAGCAAGUUCAUCGCUUAACAGAGGCUGCUGAGAAUGAGGAGCAUUUCAAUGUUAUGCUAACCUUUGCUGUGUCACGCAUCCUUCUGGGUGAUGAUCUGAUGGCUGCGCUUCCACUGAUUUCUCAUUUAAACAAAUGGUGCUUGUUGGUCCCUCUUAUAACACUUAAACGGAGAUGAAAUUUGGCGUAUAUUUUACGUAAGGCAGUAAUGUGAUGUUUGCCCAGUAUGGCGUGUGCGUGUAAAUACAGUGCAUCUUGUGUCGAACAUUGUGAAAGUCGCGUUAAUUGUUAAGGAUUCGUACAUUCCUUCGGCUCUGCAUAAAGCUAAAUUACAUUUUAAACUCCCCUGUGAAGUCGGACAAACAGUCUGUUUUGCACGCGUCUUUGCUGGACUUAAACGUCUACGGGAUGGAAAAGGUCAUAUUCUAAUUUUAACCAUAUCCAGUUGCACAGAUGAUUUCACAUGUUGACAGACUUUUUAUGAUUGAUUAAAACGAUGAUGAACAAUGUACCACCUCCCGUUCUCUGAACUUAUAAGAUGUCUCCAAUACAACACCUGUAUGUCCCAUUUAUUUGUGUAAAUAAACAUGAACUGAUCAGA